UGACCCCUAGCGGUUCACACACAAAGGUCAGCCUGGAUGCCGGUGUGACCAGUAGAUACCGGUACGUACCUACCUGUUCGCCUGAUCAGCGCGACUAAAGAUGCCCAGAAACAGGAGAACUGUCCUUGCAUGUCGGCCGGGUGUGAACGGUGAGUCCAGACCCGAGAACUUCCGCACAGAGGAUUGUGGGUACCCUGUGGUGCAGGAUGGGAAGGUUCUGGCCAAGACUCUGUUCCUGUCUGUGGACCCAUAUAUGAGAUGCAGGAUGAAUGAGGACACAGGUUCACACUACCUGUCACCAUGGCAACUGGACCAUGCCUGUGAGGGUGGGGGAGUGGGCGUGGUCAUAGACAGCAAGCACAAGGACUUUCACCCUGGAGACUAUGUGGAGACUUGGGUCUGGCCCUGGCAGGAGUACAGCCAGGUGUCACCUGAAGGGCUCAGGAAGCUGGACCCUACACUCUUUGGAAGUCGGCUGUCCCUUGCUCUGGGUGCUCUUGGGAUGCCAGGUGCCACCGCCCUGGUGGGUAUCCGAGAGAGAGGUCAUGUGACGCCAGGAGCCAAUCAGACGUUUGUUGUGAGUGGAGCAGCAGGGGCUUGUGGGUCUCUGGCUGGACAGAUUGCAAGACUUGAGGGUGCCGCCAACAUUGUUGGAAUCUGUGGUUCUGAGGAGAAGUGUCGUCUGUUGAUGGAGGAACUUGGCUUCGACCAUGCUGUAAACUACAGGACAGACAAUGUGGCGGACAGGCUGAAGGAAGCCUGCCCACGUGGGGUCGAUUCCUAUUUUGAUAACGUCGGAGGAGAAAUCAGUGAAACUGUUAUAAAACAGAUGAAUGAAGGAUCCCAUGUGAUCCUGUGCGGUCAGAUCAGUGUGUACAACAAAGACGUUCCCUACCCUCCACCCCUCCCACAAGAGGUGACAGACAUUCUCAAGGAGAGGAACAUCACAAGAGAAAGGUUCCUGAUAAUGAACUAUCUGGACAAGUUUGAAGAGUCUGGGAUCCAGUUAGCAAAAUGGAUUCAAGAGGGGAAACUGAAGGUGAAGGAGACUGUGGUGGAAGGGAUUGAGAAAACUGGAGAGGCGUUUGUGUCCAUGAUGAAAGGAGGAAACGUCGGCAAGAUGAUUGUCCACGUGGCUGACCCUUGACCUCCAAUAAGUCAGAAGGCCAGGAAAAUUCCUAAAAAGUUUAAAGUGAUUUUGUCUAAAAUUUCAAAAUGCAUUUCUGUAAAUACUAAAAGUAUGUCGCUGCUAUUAACUUAAGAACAUCAAAUGUUACUGUACAGUACAAUACCCUAUAGUCUGUUUUUGCUAUGUUUCAACUGAAUUGUUUAUCUACAAACAUGUUUCACUCACUCACUCAUGUUUGACAGAAUUAAUUUCCU